GUCCUUUCAUUCAAGAUCACUCGUCACCAUCCCCAAACCUCACAUCCAUACAUAUCCAGACCCAUGCUUCAAGCUGCCCCAAGAGCUGUCUGCUAUCAAAUACGACUGCCGGGCAUCUCCAGGCUUUCCAUUCAUUCCCUUUUCCCCGAUCCCAGCUCGAAUUCUAGUCUUGUUCACAUUCGAACUUCCAACCUGUUAUACCUAAUCCCACGGACCAUUCAUCACGGCCAUUGCCAUUGAGUUCACUGUGCGCCGGGAAGCACAUGUUAACAAGAUUUACACCCUUGGCAGUGACGGUAACCCGAAUUAGGAUGGUGGAUACAGAAGCCAAUGUCAGCAUGGGAUUAGCACGCCUUACAUGGUACCCCUGAAAAUCCUUUAACUCUCCGAGUUUCCUUAAAUGGGCGCGCCAGUCCAUUCCUUGUGUUCCCAAGUAUCUCCUCGGCCCGUCUUACUCUAUUCUGUCUUUUCCGCCUGCCAACAGCCCCAACAAGAUGUGGGACUUACUGACGCCCAGAGAUGGGGUCGAUUUAGGAGUGCCCCAGAAUUGCUUUCAGCAAUGUGAUGAUGCCUUUAUGGAAUCUAAAUCUCUUCUGGCUCGUCAAGACUUAUGCGAUGCUGACGGCCCCCUUAUCCGAGAGUUCAACUCUUGCAAUAGCUGUAUCAAGACCGGGACCACAAAUAAUUCGGCUUAUGCUGGCGCCUAUCAAAAAUACAUCAAUCCCUACUUCGGUGACAUCAUUCGCCAAUGUAUCGGCCUUGGGGCAACUGUUACUCUCUCACUUGGCCCGCCCGAGCCAACGGUACCUAUGAUUGGCACUAUUGCACCUGAACUACCAACGAGCACGGCAUUUGUAACGGCCACGGACAUUAAAGCAUCACACCAAACUACAAUUCCUGGAACCUCAACAAGCAGCGCCACCAUUGACGCGUCUUGGUUGACUACCGACCAGGUCAUACAGACCAACAACUAUGUUUUACUUACUGGUGAAACCAUCACUGUCGUUGAGCUUGUGAACACAACAGUCACACGUGCCGACUGGACUGGCUGGCACAGCAGCAACAGACCCGCUCGCCCAACAGGCGUCAACGGGGCGGCAGCUAAAUCAGGAGGCUACGGCCCCCUUCAAACGACCCCUAUGUCACCAACAGGGGCUAGCGUCUCGGGCUCAAAGAGUGUUGCUGGCUGGGUCUGGGCCGUCACGGCUAUUGCUGCUGCAAUCGUUCUUGGAGCACUGGUCGUUUCCUUUGUGCUUUUCAGGAGAAAGAGAUCCAAGAAAGCAAGACAUCAACGGUCUAGCUCCGACAGUACACCUGAACUGCCCGGCACCAGCGGGGCGGGAAGCAGAACGGAACUAGACAGUGAAAUAAGCUCGGCCGAGUUACAUACCGAUAAGAUACUACCAUCGGAGCUUGAUUCGAAAGUGGCGCCAGUGGAAAUGGAUACGGAAUUCAGAUUCGAGUUACCAACCGAGUACAACAAGGAAAGGGACAUCGUGGAAAAGACCAUGACACCGACCAGCACAUGCACUGACGCCACGCGGAUCCCAGUGUCACCCCUAGAGGAAGAGAACCUCGAGGAACAAAAAGUCCUGGUUACGCCCGGGCUCAACCUGCGAAGCAAAGAAGAGCCGCAGGAUCACACUAAGCCUUGAUGAGUAUAAUGUGUUACAGUUAGCCUUCAGGAAUAAGAUACCCAGCUUGAACCUCACUCCAUCGAUACAUAUCGCCAGAUGAUCAGCUGGGGAUGGUGCGAACACUCGUGGCU